AUUGUGGGAGGGCAAUCAUGACACAUGAACGUUGUAAAUGAUGUAAGCAGCAGUAAAGUCACGGCUGUGUGCGCGCGCUCUGGCAGUAGAUCCUCUGCGCUCCUGCGGCGCAGCAGUCAGUGUGCUGGGACAGCGGGGCGGGACGACAGCAUCUGAGCACACAAAGCCACCUGCCCCAUCAAGACCAUUAACUCCAUAUUAACACCUACUAUCAGACUAUCAGCAUCGAAGAUAAACAGCAAACAUGGGCAAGAAGGACAAACUGAAUAUAUCAAAUGGCAAAAAAGAGGAGAAUGGAGAUGUAAGUGGUGAGAAAAAUGGCAAGGAAGAGGAGAAAGAAAAGGUGGAGAUGGUGGGACCAUUUGAAGUAUUUCGCUAUGCAGAUGGUGUCGACAUUUUUCUGAUGCUGGUUGGCACAGUCAUGUCCAUAGCUAAUGGGGCAGUACUUCCUCUCAUGGUUAUUGUAUUUGGAGGCAUGACAAACAGCUUUGUGGAUGAUACAAUAGCAGAGAAUUUAAAGAACAUCACCCUUUCACCCAACUUCACCUUCCCACAGUCCAGUAAUGAGACUUUAGGAGAGCAGAUGACAAGGCAUGCUAUAUACUACAGCAUCAUGGGAUUUGUAGUUUUGUUUGCCGCAUAUAUGCAGGUGGCCUUUUGGACUCUUGCCGCAGGACGUCAGGUGAAGAAACUUAGAAAGAGAUUCUUUCACUCAAUCAUGAAACAGGAGAUCGGCUGGUUUGAUGUCAAUGAGACAGGACAGCUCAACACACGCCUCACAGAUGAUGUCUACAAAAUAAAUGAAGGCAUUGGGGAUAAGCUUGGCAUGCUGCUUCAGAAUCUGACCACCUUUAUAACUGGCAUCAUCAUUGGUUUUGCCCAUGGCUGGAAGCUGACCCUCGUCAUUCUCGCUGUUAGCCCUUUACUCGGGAUCUCAGCUGCUAUCAUCGCAAAGGUGAUGACAUCAUUCACAUCGAGGGAACAGACGGCCUACGCCAAGGCUGGAGCAGUGGCUGAGGAAGUGCUGUCAUCCAUCAGAACUGUCUUUGCCUUUGGUGGACAGAAGAAAGAGAUACUGAGGUAUCACAAAAACUUAGAGGAUGCCAAGAACGUUGGCAUAAGGAAGGCAGUCACUGUGAACAUUGCUAUGGGCUUCACAUUCUUCAUGAUUUAUAUGUCCUAUGCACUGGCCUUUUGGUAUGGCAGCACUCUUAUCCUGGCUGGAGAAUACAAUAUCGGCAUACUUUUAACAGUUUUCUUUUCAGUCCUGAUUGGAGCUUUCGGCAUAGGUCAAACGUCUCCUAACAUCCAGUCCUUCUCUAGUGCAAGAGGGGCUGCCCACAAAGUUUUCCACAUCAUUGAUCAUGAACCCAAAAUCAACAGUUUCUCUGAGGAAGGCUACAAACUUGAUGUUGUAAAAGGAAACAUAGAGUUCAAAAACAUUCACUUCACAUACCCCUCACGACAGGAUGUGAAAGUUCUGAAUGGCUUGAAUCUUAAAGUCAUGAGUGGGCAGACCAUUGCUUUGGUGGGCAGCAGUGGGUGUGGAAAAAGCACAACGAUCCAGCUCCUACAACGCUUCUAUGACCCACAGGAAGGAACGGUGACUAUAGAUGGCCAUGAUAUUCGCUCUCUGAACGUGCGAGGUUUGAGAGAACUGAUUGGUGUAGUAAGCCAGGAGCCAGUGCUGUUUGCCACAACCAUCUCAGAAAACAUCCGCUAUGGCCGAGAAGAUGUCACCCAGGAGGAGAUCGAGCAGGCCGCACGUGAAGCCAAUGCCUACGACUUCAUCAUGAAGCUCCCAGAUAAAUUUGAGACUUUAGUUGGAGAGAGGGGCACCCAGAUGAGUGGUGGACAAAAGCAGCGCAUUGCUAUUGCAAGAGCGCUUGUGCGCAACCCAAAAAUCCUACUUCUUGAUGAGGCUACGUCUGCUCUGGAUGCAGAGAGUGAAACUAUUGUGCAAGCAGCGUUAGAUAAGGUCAGGCUGGGCAGAACUACCAUUAUAGUGGCUCACCGGCUGUCUACUAUUCGAAAUGCUGAUGUCAUUGCUGGAUUCCAGAAUGGUGAAAUUGUAGAACUGGGCACACAUGACGAACUGAUGGAGAGAAAAGGAAUCUACCAGUCUCUUGUUACUAUGCAGAUGUUUAAGAGCACAGAGGACACAGAGGAGGGCAAAGAGGAGAUGACUAUGGAUGAAAAGAGUCCCUCAGUCAGCUCUCUGAAUGAUCGCGCACUCUUCAGACAGAAAUCAAGAAGUGGCUCAGAAAAAGAUCAGCAGGAUGAAGAGAAACAGACAGAGGAGGAGAAUGCUCCAAACAUCUCCUUCCUGACAGUCCUGAAACUGAAUCAACCGGAAUGGCCGUAUAUGGUGGUUGGAGUUUUAUGUGCCACCAUAAACGGAGGCUUGCAGCCUGCCUUUGCUGUCAUUUUCUCUAAAAUCAUUGCUGUGUUUGCUGAGAUAGAUCAGGAUCUUGUACGAAAGAGGACUGAGCUCUACUCUCUGCUGUUUGCUGGCAUUGGGGUUGUGUCCUUUUUCACUUUGUUCUUUCAGGGUUUCUGUUUUGGAAAAGCUGGUGAGAUUCUGACCAUGCGACUGAGGUUUAAAGCCUUUAAUGCUAUGAUGAGACAGGACCUGAGCUGGUAUGAUAAUACUAAGAACAGUGUGGGUGCGCUGACCACCAGACUGGCUGCAGAUACAGCUCAAGUGCAGGGUGCAACUGGUGUAAGAUUGGCAACACUGGCACAGAAUGUGGCCAACUUGGGCACCGCCAUUAUCAUCUCAUUUGUGUACGGCUGGCAGUUGACCCUCCUCAUUCUCUCCAUUGUGCCAAUCAUGGCUGUGGCUGGAGCCAUCCAGAUGAAGUUACUGGCAGGACAUGCUCUAAAAGACAAGAAGGAGCUUGAGCAAGCUGGGAAGAUUGCAACUGAAGCUAUUGAGAAUAUCCGUACUGUGGUUUCAUUGACCAGGGAGAGCAAGUUUGAGACUCUGUAUGAGGAAAACUUAGUUGUGCCCUACGAAAACGCUAAGAAAAAAGCACAUGUUUUCGGCCUGACUUUCUCCUUCUCUCAAGCGAUGAUCUAUUUUGCCUAUGCUGGCUGUUUCAAGUUCGGCUCUUGGCUCAUUGAACAAAAGCUGAUGACCUUCGAGGGUGUCUUUCUUGUGAUCUCAGCUGUGGUGUAUGGAGCAAUGGCUGUUGGAGAGGCAAACUCAUUCACUCCAAACUACGCCAAGGCCAAGAUGGCUGCUUCUCAUGUCCUGAUGCUCAUCAACAGAGUCCCAGCCAUUGACAAUGCUUCAGAGGAUGGAGACAAGCCGGAUAAAUUUGAAGGGAAUGUGAGUUUUGAAGAUGUGCAAUUUAACUACCCAUCCCGGCCGGAUGUACCAGUCCUGCAGGGUCUCAGGCUCCGGGUGAAGAAGGGGCAAACUCUCGCUCUGGUGGGCAGUAGUGGCUGUGGCAAGAGCACCACCAUCCAAUUACUGGAGAGAUUUUAUGACCCUCAGCAGGGCAAAGUGAUGAUGGAUGACAAUGACACAAAGCAACUGAACAUCCACUGGCUGCGCUCGCAAAUUGGCAUCGUUUCCCAGGAGCCUGUGCUGUUUGACUGCAGCCUGGCAGAGAACAUCGCAUACGGAGACAACAGCAGAAAAGUCAGCCAGCAGGAGAUCGAAGAGGCUGCUAAGGCUGCUAACAUUCAUUCCUUUAUAAAUGGGCUGCCUCAGCAAUACCAGACACAAGCAGGUGAUAAAGGUACACAGCUGUCAGGAGGGCAGAAGCAGCGUAUUGCUAUAGCGAGGGCCAUCCUCCGCAACCCCAAACUCUUGCUGCUAGAUGAAGCCACAUCUGCUCUGGACACUGAGAGUGAGAAGAUAGUGCAGGAUGCUCUGGAUAAGGCACGCGAGGGCCGCACUUGUAUCAUCGUAGCCCACCGGCUGUCCACCAUCCAGAACGCAGACCGUAUAGCUGUGGUCCAAAACGGGGUCGUGGUGGAGCAGGGCACACAUCAGCAGCUCCUCAGCCAGCAGGGGGCGUACUACACCCUUGUCACCUCUCAGAUGAGUCACUGAUGGUCAAGAGCAGCAGCACACAUGCAGAUUCUAGAAAAAAUUACAUAGAAAUGCUCUCCUGUGCUUGCAGGCCUGUAUUUCAUUUUAGGAGCCAUUGCUACAGGAAGCCGGGAAAAUAGUAAGGAUGUGGACAUUUGUGUCCAAGUGUAAUGUUAGCGGAGCAGAGGUCUGACUAAGCAUUUUGUAACUGUCAGUGCCUUGUCGUUUUUUGCUUUUCAGUUUUAAGAUGUAACAUUAAUCCAAAGCAGAGCUUUCUUGUUGCUGAUUUAAUUGUAUUAAACAACAAAAAAAGGUAUUUCUAUUAACUGUUCUACCAAGCACUACCAUAUUCUGAUUUCCUGAUCACACACUUUGUACAUGCAGAAGGCAGAAUAUUUCAAAUGGGAUUGUCUUUGAAUAAUAAUGUACAGUAAUUUAUAUAUACAUAAAUAAUUGGUCCAUUUGUGCCUAUACCAAAAAUGUUGCCUUGCUUUCUCGUUAGUGAAGACAGUUAUUGUUCUUCAGGUGACAAGAUGACCAAAGAGUUUGUAUUAUGAUAAGUGACUACAUGAUAGUGUUCUCUGUGUGUGGUGCCUUGAUAUUUAUCAGACUAACAUAAGGCUGGUUUAUUUGGUCUUGUUAUGGCAUUGUUUCAUUGUAUCGCACAUACUGUAAAAGUCUACUGUAAAAAAAAAAAAGUUUAGAAUAAAGAUUUCAUUUUUCAUUA